CCGUAAGUCUGGCAAGAGAACUAACUAACUAACUAACUGUAGAGGCUAUUUGCAGUUUGUUGCUGUAUUUGCACACUUCAGGAUCUUUCUGUGUGUAUGACGCAUCAUACGCUAUCACACUCUGAAGAGGUUGACGAUGGCACACUAUGGAAACACUUUCUUCUCCGCAGUCCUUUUAUCCAUCAUCGUCUUGACAUUGAGACCAUGUCAGGGCGGCAGGAUUUUGAUUGUUCCUUUGGAGGGAAGCCACUGGGUGAACAUGGAUUUCAUGGUUAAAGCACUCCACUCUCGGGGACACUCUCUUGAUGUGCUACGGACCAGUGGGAGCUGGUAUAUCAAGGGUGACUCGACGUACUACAAGACAAUCACAGUGUCUGUCGCUGAAGCCUUUAAUCAUGACUUUAUCAACCCAAUCCUGAAAAAGAUCUUUGACAUAGAGAGAGGCGGUAGCUCUGCUUUGUUAAGUUUUGCCAGUUUGCAAGUUGAGAUGUUUACUGCAAUGUUUAACAUGCAUAGAAUAAUAUGCGACAUGGCUACUAUUAUGUUUAAAGAUAAAGAGCUGAUGGAUGUUUUAAAGGAGCGUAAAUAUGACAUGGUCCUUACUGACCCAGCAUGGGGAGCAGGUAUCAUGUUGGCUCAUGCUCUUAAUCUACCUCUUGUUUAUAAUGUGCGAUGGGUGACUAGCGGAGAAGGACAUUUGGCCAUUGCACCUUCACCUUUAUCCUAUAUCCCAAUAACUGGCUCAGGGCUGUCAGAUAAAAUGAGUUUCAUACAGAGAGUUAAAAAUCACAUUUUCUAUGCCCUCUGGCAAGCACAGGAUGGGUUUUUAUACAGCCCCCAGUAUCAAGCUGUGUGUGAUGCAUUCUUUGGCCCUGAGGUCAAAUACACUGACUUACUACGCGGAGCAGACCUGUGGCUUAUGAGAGCUGACUUUGUGUUUGAGUUUCCUCGCCCAACAAUGCCCAAUGUUGUCUAUAUAGGUGGGUUUCAAUGUAAACCUUCAGAACCACUCCCUGGACACCUGGAGGAGUUUGUGCAGAGUUCUGGAGAGCAUGGCUUCAUCAUCAUGUCUCUGGGGACUUUUGUGAGUGAACUUCCUGCUGACGUGACAAGUGAGAUCGCUGCAGCUUUUGCUAAAUUACCACAGAAAGUCAUCUGGAAGCAUAAAGGUGAACGACCAGCCACCCUGGGCAACAACACUCUGCUAGUGGACUGGAUGCCACAGAAUGACCUCCUGGGACACCCAAAGAUUAAACUAUUUGUGGCUCAUGGAGGAACAAACGGAGUCCAAGAAGCUAUGUAUCAUGGAGUCCCAGUUGUGGGACUGCCUGUGUUUUUUGACCAGUAUGACAACCUGCUCCGUCUGACAGACAGAGGUGCAGCUAAGAUGGUUACAUUAGCCACAGUGAACAAAGACAAUUUCCUAGAAGCAAUUGAGGAAGUCCUGAAGGAGCCGUCCUACAGGACGAACAUGCAGAGACUCUCCAGGCUGCACAGGGAUAAGCCAGUGAAACCGAUGGACAGUGCCAUCUUCUGGAUUGAGUUUGUCAUGAGACACAAAGGUGCCGCUCAUCUGAGAACAGAGUCCAACAGAAUGCCCUGGUAUUCCUACCACUCUGUAGAUGUGGUGUUGUUCUUGGUUGCAGUUGUGCUGCUCAUUUUUGGCACAUUUGCUGCCUUAAUAAGGUGUUUGUGCUUUAAAUUCUGUUUGAGAGCAAAAAUUAAAAGUGAUUAAAAUAAAAACAAUAAAAACUUCACAAAUAAUCU